AUGGCCGUUCCGAGGCUGGUCGCUCGUUCUCUCAUCCAGCGAAGACUUACAUAUGCGCUUCCAAUUCGACAAAUAACCACACCUCCCCCACCGCCGCCCCCAAACCCGACCUCGACCGAUGAACCACUGAAACCCAAGAGUCUACCCUCGCUUGACAUCUCACCGAUUGAAGCACCUCCGCCUCCGAAUACACCAUCUGACAAGUCCAGUGGUGAAAGGACGGGCGCGCGUUCUGCAAAGGACUCUUUGAGUUCGAUCGAAAAGAAACGCCAAACCUUUGCGAGAUGGACUAUUGCAUUUGGGCUCGCAGGCAUAAUUGGUGGAGCCAUCUACAUGGGACGGGAGUGGGAGAGCGAGGAAGAGAAAAAGGCUAUUGGUGGAGGGGAAGAUUUAUCACUAUUCGGUCGGUCUAAAGCACGAAUAACUGAUGUUUUUAACUACUUCAAUAAGCCUGCUUGGACCGAGCUUUUGCCUCCCCCACUUCCUCCGCCACACCAGAGACCAUACACCUUGGUCAUCUCACUCGACGACUUGUUGGUUACAUCGACCUGGGAUCGACAACAUGGAUGGCGUACAGCUAAAAGGCCAGGUGUAGACUAUUUCCUUGGAUAUCUCUCCCAGUUCUAUGAAAUCGUCUUAUUUACCACCCAAGCGGCAUACACCGCUAUCCCCGUCGUUGAGAAGCUUGAUCCUUUCGGAGCUUUUAUCCUCUAUAAACUCUUCCGUGAAGCCACUCGAACUACAAAGGAUGGGCUCGUUAAAGAUUUGAACUAUUUGAACCGAGAUCUCUCAAAAGUUAUCGCUAUCGACACCGAUAAAUCGAAGUACGCAGAGAACCCCGACAAUGCCAUUGUUAUACCUAAAUGGCGCGCAGAUGGAUCCAGUGGUGACCCGGCUGGGCUUGUUGGCUUGAUCCCCUUCUUAGAAUCAAUUGCGAUCCAUUCACCACCUGACGUACGUCCAAUCCUCAAAGCCUACCAGGACAAGGACAUCGCCAAAGCAUACGCGGCUGUCGAAGCGGAGCAGAAACGCAAAGUUGUUGAAGAGUGGGAAAAGAAGCGCAAAUCCGGAGGCGGAAGUGGUAAUAUGGCGAUCGGCGGAUUAUUCGGUUUCGGAGGCGCCAAGAAACAGCAUCCUGCAGACCAACCUCCCCUGACGUAUUUGGAGCAACGCCGCAAAGAGUAUCAAGAUCUUUACAAGCAGGAUCAGGCAUACUGGGCUGAGAAUUCGGAGAAGUUCAGGAAGAUGAUGGAGGAGGAUCGUGAGAGGCAAAUGAAGGAAAUGGGUGGAAGUUUGCUUGGUUGGAUGGGCAUGGCUCCACCCAAGGACCCAAAGGAACAAGAAAAGAAAGCAUAG